CCUCAACUUAUCCCAAUCGAGUUGACUCUUCAAGGUAACGGCUUGCUAACUAACCCUUUGGAGGUCCAGGGUUAAGCUGACUGUCCCUGUUGAGGCAGUGCAUCCCAUAGUGUAAGGUAAUUAUCGUCCGGAGUACUGCGCACGGAUCAUUCCGUUUUUCUGCCCUCCAGUCAGCCACUGGCGAUGACGUUGUCAACUUCGGACCCUGGUCGCUGGGAAACUGCUUCCCAGCCUGUUGUUUCCACACCACCACGUCACACCUUAUUGUCUGCCUGCACAGCACCUUUCAGCUACCUGUACACUACUCGCUCUUCCGGGCGGCAAGUGUCCUUCUCGAUUUAACCAUCUGGAACACAACGGCAACAUCACGCAAAAUCAAACCACUAGAAGCGGGCUACCACAAUCGCCCAAGAUGACGCUCUACUACACCUUGAAAUGACCCUUUUCAUGCUCCUCAUCCUGCCGUUGCCCUUUGCGAUGCGCAGGAAGGUGUUCACAUUUAUCUCGGAGAAUCCCAUCGUGGCGAAGGUGCAAUACUGGCUCAAGAUUACCUUCAUCUUCAUCUUGAUUCUAUUCAUCGACAGCGUCAACCGUGUCUACCGGGUUCAGAUCGAGCUGGCAGCUGCCACUGAAAACACCGGCACCGCAGCGUCCGCCAUCCAUGGCCACGAGCGCCUCGAGGUGCAGGCGCGCAAGUUCUACUCGCAGCGCAACAUGUACCUGUGCGGCUUCACGCUGUUCCUGUCGCUGAUCCUCAACCGCACCUACAUCCUGAUCCUCGAGGUGCUGCGGCUGGAGGAGAAGCUGAAGCAGUACGAGGGCACGGACAAGAACACGAAGCAGGCCGAGAAGCUGGCCGCCGCCGGCGACGCGGGCGAGAUCGCGCGCCUCAAGCGCGAGCUGGAGCUGCGCGACCAGGACAUCGCCACGCUCAAGAAGCAGGCCGCCGGCCUGCAUAGGGAGUACGACGCCCUGGCCGAGAAGUACGCCCGCACCCAGGACGACGGGUCCUCGAAGAAGGACAAAUAGGAGGCUGGCCUUUGGGACGGACUCGAGACGCUGGGUGUUGCUUCCUCGAUGGAGGAGAGGGAAAAGGAAGACGGGGGUACGCCAAGGCAGCG